AUUUGGUGGUAUUAGUUUCAAUAAUUAUAUAAUUUAAAGACAAAUAAUUAAAGUGCAGUGUCUAUUUUAAUAAUUCUCCGAGAGUAAAUUCUUUAGAGAGAAUGGCAGGAGUGCCUAACGAUUGGCAGUUAGGAUGUGUCGAGAUGAAACAGCGAGGUGCUAAUAUUCUCGAGACAGGCCAGUGGUCUGAUUGCACCUUCUUGGUGGGCACAGAGCCCAACCAAGUCACUAUUGCUGGGCACAAGCUCAUCCUAGCCAUGGCAUCACCUGUAUUCGAAGCAAUGUUUUACGGUGGAAUGGCGGAAAAGAAUGAUCCUAUACCCAUUUUAGAUGUGCAACCAGAUGCUUUUAAAGCACUUUUAGAGUAUAUAUAUACAGAAAAUAUAAAUAUAAGCUCAUUUGAUAAAGCAUGUGAGUUGUGCUAUGGCGCCAAGAAGUACAUGUUGCCACAUCUUGUCAAGGAAUGUACAACAUAUCUAUGGUCGGAUCUGUAUCCGAAGAAUGCCUGCCGUGCCUAUGAGUUUGCUCGUCUCUUUGAGGAAAAUGUUCUUAUGGAAAAGUGUAUACAGAUAAUCAGCACCAACACAAAAGAGGUGCUUAAAGAUAGCAGUUUCGAGGAGGUGGACCUGAGUACCGUUGUUACAGUGUUCUCUCUGGACCACCUCAAUGUUGACAGUGAACUGGACUUGUUUGAAGCGGCGGUACGGUAUUCAAAGGCACAGAAACGAAAUAUGGAAAGAAACACAGCCUCUCCUGCAGAAUAUGGCCCACCAUCUGAGAAAAGGCCAAAGAGCCCUGUCCCAUCAACUUCGACAGAGAAAGUAGUGAAUGUUGAGAGUAGUGCUGAAAACAGUCCAGAGGCAGUCCCCGAGCCAUGCAAGUCCAGUGAUACACCUGUGCCCAGUGACUCAUCUGAGACCCCUGAGGAAAGCAAGAAGAAUAAAGAAGACAAUAAAGAUAAACUGACGGUACGGAAUGCUGUGGAAAAGAUUCGUUUCUUGACGUUGACUCCACAACAGUUCGCGGAGGGACCGGCGCGGUCUUCUCUGCUAACAGACUCGGAGUCGUUCGCAGUACUAAUGAACAUCUUGUCGAGUAAUUGCGAUAUAUCAAUGCCCCAGGGUUUCUCCACGUGCAGGGUACCAAGGAAACAGCUGAUCGGCGGUGGUUCUGCUACUAGUCGCGAGGAAUCUCUGGCGCCCGGCUGCCGCGUGCAGUCGUUCAGUGUGGAUACGCCCAGCCCGGUGCCGCUGGACCUCGUGUUUGAUGUGUCUCGACCCGCCAACCCCUUCAGUGUUGCCACCGCUGCUAUGCACUACCCCAGACCUACGAGACACGAAGGGAUCCGCAUAGGUUCGUACGGGCAGGCUGCGCCGGUGGUUCUACCCGACCCGGCGCGGCUCGACCUCACCAAGCUGUACUGCACGCGCGCCAUCAUACAGCACACCGACUGCUACAACACCAGCGUGCUCGACUGCUGCGUCACCUUCAUGGUGGACAGGAGCAUCUGUUUGCUGGGAGUACAAGUACCCACCCAAGCGCCAAGCGUGGAAAGCUCGCUGCCGCUGUCUGGUGGUGCGGGGGGCGCGGGCGCGGCGGGGGUGGCGGCGGGGAUGGCGGGGGCGGGGGCGGGGGGCGGCGGGGGCGCGGGGGGCGCGGCGGGGGACGGCUACAGCGAGCUGCUGUACGCGCACCUGCUGGACGCGGACGGCGCGCGGCUCACGUACACGCACUACACCAGCCGCGUGCCCUACAGGCACCUCCUCGACAUCAUGUUCAACAGGCCCAUCUAUAUACAGCGGAAUAAGGUGUACAAAGUGGGGAUAGUGUUCAACAAGGUGGGCUGGUACCCCACGGGCACGUGUGCACAGCAAGUGGAGACCGAUGGGGUGUUCUUCAACUUCGGCAUCGGACAAAGCAGCGACUCCGUCCGGGACGCCCUCAUACGCUCCAUUAUAUUCACAUACUAACACACGUUUGAACCCUGUUAUGACGACCUCGGCAUUAUAGAGCUUUAGUAUGCCUUAGGCUGGAUUUCACCAUACGCAGUAUAAACUAAGUUCAAGGAAACUAAUUUCAGCGUAAACUAGUUUAAAGAUCGAUGCUGAUUUCGUUUUACUUUAAAUGGAAUUCACCAACAUUAUAUACAUCGCGUUUACCAAAACCAAGUUUAGAUUUUCAUUCGAUCACAGUGUUAAACACUGAUAAAAUAAUAUUUGAUGCAAUGGAUAAUUUAAUUAAAUUAAUUUUAAGAAAUAUUUAGAAUAGAAAGAAUAGAAAAUCAUUUAUACAAAUAAACUUACAUUGAAGCACUUUUGAAUAGUCAUUACAUUUUUUUUAUCUACCGCUCAUUCGGAAAGCUGUCUCAUCACAAGAAGAACGAGCAAGAAACUUGCGUGUUGCUCUUUUAAAUAAUU